AUGCCACCUCUUGAAUCUGCGCCGACAGACCUCCAGUAUCUACCUCCUUCAUCCCCUAUACGCAUGUUUACCUCAGCCUCCCAACCUGCCGACCAGGCUGGGCUUGGAUUCAGAGGCAACACGACAUCUCUUCAAGACGCUGUGGACCGUAUGUUCGCUGUCUUCGCCAGUGUCGUCCUCUUCUACGCUCGACUGAUUUUCUGGACAUAUGCGUGGAUUUCUUUCCUCGACAAAGAAGUUGGAAGAGUCAGCCCGGAGGCAGAGAUUUUGGUCUGUAUUUUGGCUUUCUUCUGGACCGUAUUCUGCCACGGCUACCACGUCCCACUCGGCUUCUUCUUUGAAACUCCUUCCAACCCAAGCUGUUAUCUUCGGAGCGUUCAGUUCAAGACGAGCGAAAUAUUCGCAACUUUCGUCGGGUCCUUGAAGCAGAAGAUGCCAACCUGGACCGCCUUUAAUCCGUUCCAACGCGACGACAUUCUCCUCACCGAGAUCCUUGCCCUUCGCCGAGAGCUGUCAGAGGACAAGGCCGCAAGAGCAGAUUACGAGCAGCAAGUCACCCAGCGCAUGCAUAGAUUCAUGACCUACUUGGAGGCCAACAACGAUCUCGUGCAAAGGGUGACGUGGUCGCUCGAGAAACUCGCACAAAUGUUGUGGGAUGGAAUGGAAGAGGUCCAAGAAGCCAAAGAACGCGUUGCGGAGGGAGAGGCAAAAUGGGAGGCCGAGAGGGUGCUGUUCACUCAACGUGAGCUGGGCCAUGUUGAAACGAUUAAGGGGCUGAAGGAGGCGCUCCAGCUUCGCGAGGUCCAACUGGGCAAAGAACGAGCCUCACUCGCCGAAGAACGGCGGCAGGCCGCCUCCCAACAGCAGGACCUGAUUGAGGUCAAGGCCGCCUCCGCACAGCAGAAGGACAACAUCGCUCUGCUUCAGAGGGAGAACGAGGUCAUGAAAGAGUCCCUCAGGGGCGCUUUGACGGUUUUCGCUAGUUUUUCAGAUGAUGGAUCGGAUGCUGGACAUUUGUUUGGACCGGAACCUUUCAUUAGAUUGGAAUCUUGA